AAAUUCCUCACAGAAUAUAGCGAGAUACCAGAUGACAAGAUUCUCCCUCAUGUGUACGAGAUAAGAGACAAAGCAUGGGCUAUUCGUUCUUAUCCUUGUACUGGCCAAGGAUUGUUCUUGAAUUCUUUAAUCACAAGGAGUCCUGUGUAUUCAGAAGUCCUCGAAAAAUUGAAAGCUGGAGGCAGAUUGGUUGAAGUGGGAAGCUUUAUUGGGCAUGAUAUGAGGAGAAUGGCUUUCGACGGAGCACCAUCAAGCAACUUCUACGCCGUCGACAUCGUCAAUCACUGGGAUGUAGGCUAUUCUAUGUUUAAUGACCGCGAAAAAUUUCACGCUCACUUCAUCGAAAGCGAUAUCGUGCACACAAACUCACAACUCCAAGAACUAAACGGCACAGUGGACAUAAUCUAUAUCUCGAAAGUGUUCCAUCAAUGGGACUGGGACACCCAAUUCGCCGCACUCCGCUCCAUCAUUGCAUUGUCAAAACCUGGAGCCAUUGUAUUCGGCUUUCAUGCUGGAACAAUUCAAGGUGGACUUUUGGCUUAUUCAAAUGGUGGGCUUACGAUGUGGUUACAUGAUGAAACGAGCUGGACGAGGAUUUGGGAAGAAGCGGGGAAGGAGACGGGUACGAAGUGGGAUGCGGGGCAAGUUUCCAUGAGGGAUAUUUCUGAGAUGGCCAGCUCACCAGAAUCGUUGGCUUGGUUAGAUGGUAAUUGUCGGUUGAUGGAUUUUGUGGCUAGGAGGCUAGAGUGA